CAACUAAGCCGGCGAACCGUUGCUUUGGGUCGAUAGGCUAAAACUUAGGGAGAAUGUGGCUGCUCGCCGCGGCGGUGGCUGCGGGCAUAAGCGGAAACGUGCUGACCAUAAUAGAUGUACUGCGAAAGAGGCGACAACGCGAGGAACAGCGACAAGAGACUGACGACAUGACAGUAGAAAAUGGGCAGGCCUCAGAGCGCGACGGUGGCAGCGAAGCGAGCACAUCGGGGAGGCAAGAAUCGCGAUUUUACCUCACGCCGUUGACAAUGGCGGGAGUUGGGCUGCUCGUCGUUGCUUUCGGGGCGGCCGUCGCCGCGCGGCGGGGGGCACGGAAGCACAAGUCCAGCCGCAGUGGUAGCACGCCGCGGAUACCACUGAAGGAGCUUGUCCGCUUCCGGGAGCAACAGUGGUUCCUGGAGGAGCUAGAGAACUCUCGAGAGGGCGACCCCAACGCCAUGCUGCGCCUGGCCAAGAUGUAUCUGUACGGCCAGGGCUGCGAACGCAGUGUCAACAUCGCGCAGGAGUGGCUGCGGAGGGCCAGGGCGGGCGGCGUGUACUGCACCCUGGACGAGCUGCUCACAGCCGAGGACCUGGACUCCAUCCGCCGCCAGCACCGGACGGACAGUGCACGGCGGCUGGAGGCGGCGCGGCGCGGCGCGGUCAGCAGCGCAGCCGGUGGCGGCGGCGGCGCGGGGAUUGGGGUGGGAGGCGGAGGGCCUGUGGUGCGGCGGCCCCUUGCGGAGGUGGCGGACCUGGGGCCGCCGGGGGCGGCGUUGGGGGCGGGCAAGGUGGGAGUGACACGGCCAGGCAUGCGGGGCAGCGGGAUGGGGCACCCGGAGGCGGCUGGGGGGCCGGUGGGGCUGCGGAUGGACACGGUGGCUGGCUCCGCGGCUUGAGGCUGAGGUUGGGUUGUUGAAUCCGAGGCUGUGUGCUGUUAUGUGCGGUUAUGUGCGGCCAUGUUGGAGGAAGGCUUUGGUUGGCUGGUGCAGAUGGGCCGGCGGGGGCGCUGGGCCAAUAGCCACAGCAGUGUGCAUUCUUGCCGUCAGGCAGCAGGAGGCAGCAAUCCCGUUGAUUGUCUACAUAAAGGUGUGCCAGGGGAUCAGAACGAAUGCUGGAACUGCUUAUGACAAUUGGCCUGUGGGGUCGCUUGUGUGUAUUGUGACUGCGGUGACUGGUAAGGAACGCACACCAACCUUGCAACACAACAAGCAACACAACGAGGUCUGCAGUCUGUGACUCUGCAUGCCGUACUGACAUGUGUGCUGUUCCAGGACCAGAGGGACAUAAUAGUCCGUGCAAAUUCCGAGGGGCUCACUGGCUGAGACGUGAAGUACUGAUGAUGACUGGCAGUGCUGUAGUGCAGUGUUUUGAUGCACCAUAUCGCACU